AUGAAAGACAUCGACAUAGGAAAAGAGUACAUUAUACCCAGUCCUGGGUAUAGAAGUGUGAGGGAGAGAGCCAACUCGGUGCAGCAUGAAGAGCAGGAAGGGUUGAAAUUUCGGCAUGCUAAACAUAAGAUUGAAUGCCAGGAUGCUUUGGAAGCAGCUGCUCGGGCAGAGGGCCUGCCACUGGACACCUCCGUGCAUUCCCAGCUGAGAAUGCUGGGUGAAGAGGGGCACAAGGGCAAAUACCACCAUGGCCUGAAUGUGCUGAAACCCAUACGGACUACUUCCAAACACCAGCACCCAGUUGAUAAUGCUGGGCUUUUCUCCUGCAUGACCUUCUCCUGGCUCACUCCUUUGGCCCACAGAGCAUACAAGAAAGGGGAAUUGUUUAUGGAUGAUGUAUGGUCUUUAUCAAGGCAUGAGUCUUCAGAUGUCAAUUGUAGAAGGCUGGAGAGAUUGUGGCAGGAAGAACUGAAAGAAAGUGGGCCUGACGAUGCUUCUCUCCGGAGGGUUGUGUGGAUUUUCUGUCGCACCAGGCUCAUCAUUUCCAUAGUGUGUCUGAUGAUCACGCAGCUCGCGGGUUUUAGUGGACCAGCGUUCGUUGUGAAACAUCUUUUGGAGUAUACCCAGCAGAGUGAGUCCAACCUGCAGUACAGCUUGUUUUUAGUUUUUGGCAUCUUUAUGACGGAAAUAGUGCGAUCUUGGUCCCUUGCGCUAACCUGGGCUUUGAAUUACCGCACGGGGGUUAGACUGCGUGGAGCUAUCUUGACAAUGGCAUUUAAGAAAAUUCUUAAGCUGAAGAACAUCAAGGAGAAGUCUCUUGGAGAGCUGAUAAACGUAUGCUCCAAUGAUGGUCAGAGGAUGUUUGAAGCUGCAGCAGUUGGCAGUUUGUUGGCUGGGGGCCCUAUUGUGGCCAUCUUAGGAAUGGUUUAUAAUGUGAUUAUUCUGGGUCCAACAGGCUUCUUGGAAAGAGUGAAGACUUGCUCAAUUUUCAUUAGGUCAGUCAAAUGUAUAAUGUUUGUAUCACGCCUCACAGCUUAUUUCAGAAGAAAAUGUGUAUCAACAACAGACGAGCGUGUGCAAAAGAUGAAUGAAGUUCUUAAUUACAUUAAGUUCAUUAAAAUGUAUGCCUGGGUCAAACCAUUUUCUCAGAAUGUUCAAAAAAUUCGUGAGGAAGAACGUAAAAUCUUAGAGCGUGCAGGCUACUUCCAGAGCAUCACUGUGGGUGUGGCUCCCAUAGUUGUGGUCAUUGCCAGCGUGGUGACCUUUUCUGUCCAUAUGAUCCUUGGCUAUGAUCUUACAGCAGCUCAGGCAUUCACAGUGGUCACUGUCUUUAAUUCAAUGACUUUUGCUCUGAAAGUAACACCUUUCUCAGUGAAGUCGUUAUCUGAGGCAUCUGUUUCUGUUGACAGAUUUAAGAGUUUAUUUCUAAUGGAAGAGGUUCAUAUGAUAAAGAAAAAACCAGCCAAUCCUCACACCGCGAUAGAGGUGAAAAAUGCUACCUUGGCUUGGGACUUCUCCCACGCCAGCGUCCAGAGCUCACCAAAGUUGACCCCCAAAGUGAAAAAAGACAAGAAAGUCACCAAGGGCAAGAAAGAGAAAAUGAAGCUGCAGAAUGAGGGACAGCAAGCUGUGCUGGCAGAGCAGAAGGGCCAUCUUCUAGUGGACAAUGAUGACCAUCCCAGCCCCGAAGACGAGAACAAACUCAUCCACCUGGUUAACCUUCGGCUUCAGAGAACUCUCUACAACAUUGACCUGGAGAUAGAAAAGGGAAAACUUGUUGGAAUUUGUGGCAGUGUGGGGAGCGGAAAAACUUCACUUAUCUCAGCGAUUUUAGGGCAGAUGACCCUGUUGGAGGGUAGCAUUGCAAUAAGUGGAACGUUUGCAUAUGUGGCCCAGCAGGCCUGGAUUCUCAAUGCUACACUUCGGGACAAUAUUCUUUUUGGCAAGGAAUAUGAUGAGGAAAGGUACAACACGGUGUUGAAUUGUUGCUGUCUAAGGCCUGACCUAGCCAUCCUUCCAAAUGGGGACCUGACAGAGAUUGGUGAACGAGGGGCUAACUUGAGUGGAGGACAGCGUCAGAGAAUCAGUCUGGCUCGAGCCCUGUACAGUGACAGAAGCAUUUACAUCCUGGAUGAUCCCCUUAGUGCCUUGGAUGCUCAUGUUGGAAAUCACAUUUUUAACAGUGCAAUAAGGAAGCACCUGAAGUCAAAGACUGUCCUGUUCAUCACUCAUCAGCUUCAGUAUCUUGUUGACUGUGAUGAGGUUAUCUUCAUGAAAGAAGGCUGCAUUACUGAGCGAGGAAGUCAUGAGGAACUGAUGAAUUUAAAUGGGGACUAUGCAACUAUCUUUAAUAACCUGCAGUUGGGAGAAACACCACAUAUUGAGAUUAAUAUAAAGAAGAACACAAACAGUUCACUGAAAAGACCCCAGGAUAAAAGUACCAAAACAGGGUCUGUGAAGAAGGAGAAAGUUGUAAAGAAGGAAGAGGGCCAGUUGGUCCAGUUGGAAGAGAAAGGGAAAGGCUCUGUCCCCUGGUCUGUUUAUGGUAUCUACAUUCAGGCAGCUGGAGGCCCCUUUGCAUUCCUUGUCAUCAUGACUCUGUUUGUGCUGAAUGUGGGCAGUACAGCUUUUAGCAACUGGUGGCUGAGUUUCUGGAUCAAGCAAGGCAGUGGAAAUACCACUGUGACUUUGGGAAAUGAUACUGUCAUAAGCAACAGUAUGAAAGAUAACCCUCACAUGCAUUACUAUGCUGGGAUCUAUGCACUGUCUAUGGCGGUUAUGUUGAUCCUGAAAGCUGUUCGUGGUGUUGUCUUUGUAAAGGGAACUCUCAGAGCAUCCUCAAGGCUCACUACACCCACUGGGCGGAUUCUCAACAGGUUUUCCAAAGACAUGGAUGAAGUUGAUGUUCGUUUGCCAUUUCAAGCAGAAAUGUUCAUCCAAAAUGUCAUCCUUGUGUUCUUCUGUGUGGGGGUGAUCUCUGGGGUUUUCCCCUGGUUCCUGGUGGCGGUGGGGCCUCUCAUUGUCCUGUUCACAGUUUUGCACGUUGUGUCAAGAGUCUUUAUUCGAGAGCUCAAGCGUCUGGACAACAUCACACAGUCUCCAUUCCUGUCUCAUAUUACAUCUAGCAUCCAGGGUCUCUCCACAAUCCAUGCCUACCACAAAGGACAGGAAUUUCUGCACAGGUAUCAGGAGCUCCUAGAUGACAAUCAGGCACCAUUUUACCUGUUCAGCUGUGCAAUGCGCUGGCUAGCUGUACGGCUGGACGUUAUCAGCAUUGCUCUUAUCACAACCACUGGCCUUAUGAUUGUCUUAAUGCAUGGCCAGAUUCCUCCUGCCUACGCUGGGCUGGCUAUCUCAUAUGCUGUGCAGUUAACAGGGUUAUUCCAGUUUACAGUCAGACUUGCUUCAGAAACAGAAGCUCGCUUCACCUCAGUGGAGAGGAUUGAUCACUAUAUAAAGACACUUUCCCUAGAAGCUCCUGCUCGGAUCAAGAAUAAAACUCCUCCUCUGGACUGGCCACAGGAAGGUGAAGUUGUUUUUGAAAACGCAGAGAUGCGGUACCGAGAGAACCUCCCUCUAGUACUUAAAAAAGUGUCCUUUACCAUCAAACCAAAGGAAAAGAUUGGCAUUGUGGGAAGGACAGGCUCAGGGAAGUCUUCCCUUGGAAUGGCACUCUUUCGUCUUGUUGAACUGUCUGGAGGCUGCAUUAAAAUUGAUGGAGUGAAAAUAAAUGACAUUGGUUUGGCAGAUCUUCGCAGCAAACUCUCAAUAAUUCCUCAGGAACCUGUGCUAUUCAGUGGCACUGUGAGAUCAAACUUGGAUCCUUUCAAUCAGUACAGUGAGGAACAAAUCUGGGAUGCUUUGGAAAGGACUCACAUGAAGGAGUGUAUUGCCCAGCUGCCUAUGAAACUUGAUUCAGAAGUGAUGGAAAACGGGGAAAACUUUUCAGUUGGAGAGAGACAGUUACUGUGCAUAGCUAGAGCUCUACUACGUCGUUGCAAGAUUUUGAUACUGGAUGAAGCAACAGCUGCUAUGGACACAGAGACAGACUUACUGAUUCAGGAGACUAUCAGAGAGGCAUUUGCAGACUGCACUAUGUUAACAAUUGCUCAUCGCCUGCAUACGGUACUGGGCUCUGAUCGGAUCAUGGUGCUAACACAAGGACAGGUAGUGGAAUUCGACACGCCGUCUGCCCUUCUGGCCAAUGAGAACUCGCGCUUCUACGCUAUGUUUGCUGCUGCGGAGAACAAGGUUGCUGUGAAGGGCUAAAAUUCAGGGCAAAGUCACUUUAAUUUUGGAGAGCUACACUCCCUGCCUGUGGCAGGCCAGCUCUUCCUCCUCCUCUUCCUCCUCCUCCUCCUCCUUCUAGCAGAUUAUUGCCUUUUCAUCUUUUAAUUUGUAGCACAAUGUGUCAAGCCAGAAAGUUUUUAAAACUGUGUCAGAAGAAUUCUCCAUGUUUUUAUUAUUGUAUUUAUUCCAUAAUCAUAUUACUAAUUUUUUGUGAUUAAAUGCACUCUACAGAUGGCUCAGGGAGCCAUAGUUAUAAAUGUAUCAGAGGCCUAUAAUGAAGCUUUAUACAUGUAGCUAUAUCUAUACAUAAUUCUGUAUAUAGCCUAUAUUUACAGUGGAAAUGUAAGCUGUUUAUUUUAUAUUAAAAUAAGCACUGUAUUAA